AUGCGUGUUGUCCAAUCGCUUCGUCCCUGUUGGCACUCGGGAUCUCAUACUCAAGCCAGACAGCCAAAAACCCCAAACCCAGAACCCAACGGAAAGUCGGGACCGAAAAGACCGUGGGAACCAGCUCUAGCACUCCUCGACUGGUAUUCCCACUCGCAAAGCCGUCGACCAUACCUCACCCAGUUAUGUCUCACGCCAUUAAUAUACUGCAUUGGAGACCUCUCGGCGCAGAUGAUCGGCGAUGACGACUUCGACCCUCGCCGCUCCUUCAGAAGUAUCGUCAUUGGCCUCGUUAUUGCUAUUCCUAGCCGCGAAUGGUUCCUAUUUCUAGGGCGACGAUUCAACUACAGUUAUUUUCCAUCUCUAUCCCUCUGCACAAAGGUGGCUGCCAAUCAGCUCUUUUAUACUCCGUUGUUCAAUGUGUACUUCUUUGCAUUUCAUGGGAUCCUCUCCGGAGAAGGGGUCCCGGGUGCCAUCGAACGUGUAAAGAAUACAGUGCCCACCAGUAUACCAAGGAGUUUUCUAUACUGGCCUUUGGUCACGGCGUUCAAUUUUACCUAUGUACAACCCCAGUCUCGCUCGGUUGCCACGUCUAUCUUUGCUGUUUUCUGGCAAUCGUACCUGAGUUGGUUGAAUAGUUCGGCGGAAAAGGGAACAGAGAAGCGCAUAUGCAAGCCUAUUUCGUCCGAUGCGUCGAGCAUGGAGGAUCUUGAUCGCCGUCUUUUAAUGUUUGAUGACAAUUAG